AUGUUUACGCCGCCUCUUACCCCAAUUGCAGAGCGACCUACCAGCAAUGGCAUCAUUUACAUUUUUGUUCUUUUUCUUCGAGGUUGCCUUACCUGCUGGUGUCCUUGUGUUACCUUCGGGAGGAAUGCUGAGAUUGUGGAUAAGGCCAAAUUUAGCACUAAGCUGAGGCAACACUACGGGAUCAAGAAUGGCGCAUGCCCUGAUUGUCUCAUUCAUUGCUUUUGCCAGCCUUGUGCCCUAUGCCAAGAGUACCAUGAACUUCAGUUCCAAGGAUUUGAUGUUUCUACUG